GAAGUCCAUCCCUUCCAGGUUCCCAGAAGGUACUCAGGGUUUCGCUCCAGCACCUCUGGGGAGACCAAGAUGCCCAGUGAUACACUCUGGGAAAUUGCAAAAGCUGAAGUGGAGAAGAAAGAAAUUUCUGAAAAUGGUGGAGGUGGAAUGGAAGUCUGUGAAAAAUCUGUAUUCUUCAUUGGCAGUAAAAACGGGGGCAAGACUACUAUUAUUCUAAGAUGUCUUGACAGAGAUGAGCCACCAAAACCAACCUUAGCUUUGGAGUAUACUUAUGGAAGAAGAGCAAAGGGGCAUAACACACCUAAAGACAUUGCUCAUUUUUGGGAACUGGGUGGAGGAACCUCUUUAUUGGACUUAAUCAGCAUCCCAAUAACAAAUGAGACAUUGAGGACAUUUUCUUUAGUUCUCGUUUUGGAUCUUUCAAAACCCAAUGACCUUUGGCCAACCAUGGAAAGUCUGUUGCAAGUCACAAAAACUCACGUAGAUAAACUCAUAGUGAAAGUGAGCAAGACCAAUGCAAAAGCAGCUUCUGAAAUGAGACAGAAGAUGUGGAGUAAUAUGCAGAAGGACCAUCCAGAUCGUGAAUUAAUUGACCCAUUUCCAAUUCCUCUGGUGAUCAUUGGAAGUAAAUAUGAUAUUUUUCAGGAUUUUGACUCCGAGAAGAGAAAAAUAAUCUGCAAGACGCUUCGGUUUGUUUCCCAUUAUUAUGGGGCUUCACUGAUGUUUGCCAGUAAAUCAGAAGCUCUCCUACUGAAAAUACGUGGAGUUAUCAACCAGUUAGCAUUUGGCAUUGAGAAAAGCAAAUCAAUGUCUGUGGACCAGAAUAAACCACUGUUUAUCCCAGCAGGAUUGGAUUCUUUAAGUCAAAUAGGGUCUCCUCCUGUGUCUGAGAAUGACAUUGGAAAGCUUCAUGCACAAACCCCAAUGGAGCUAUGGAAAAAAGUAUAUGAAAAAGUAUUUCCACCAAAGAGUGCCAGUACAUCCAAGGAGACCAGAGACCCAGCCAGAGACCCCCAGUAUGCAGAAAGUGAAGUUGAUGAGAUGCGAGCACAGAAAGACCAGGAACUAGAACAGUAUAAAAAAAAUUCUUCUAAAUCCUGGAAACAAAUCGAGUUUGACUCCUGAACCUAAUAUGUGGGAACACAGGCAUCAGUAGCAAUUUCCUUUAUAGAAUGGUUCCUCUGGAACUAAGGUGCGUCUGUCCUAGGAUUGGAAGUAUUGAAACUCCAUCAGAGGUACCUCACAGUGGUUAUCUCAUUCCACCCUCCUAUAAUCAAUCUCAUGAAAUUCAUAUCUGAUAGCCCGGGUCAAGAUGUUUGCUUGAAGGGGCUGUUGAUAUGGCCAAAGUCUCACUGACUCUAGAGACUCAAGAACUAAGCUCCAGUUUCAGUAGGGUAACCAUUCUUGAAAACAAAAUUCAGAUCCACUAGCAGCAUGUUUGUGUGUCUGCCAGCCCUCUUAAAUAUGUAGAAACCUACCAGUCUGAAGACACAGAUCAAAGUCUUUCAGUUGACAGUAGCAUAUUAUUGGUCUGUCUAAAAUUAAAAGCUAACUCUCAACUUUUGGGGGAAAAAGUAUAAUGAAUAUGAAUUUUCCAAAAAUUUGGAAUAAUUUGAAUACUAUGUUCAUGUAUUCAUAUAAAUAUUUCCAUUUUCUGGUACCGAAUAGGUAGAGAGGGUCAAGGAGCCUGUUCUACUUGCAGUUCUACUACUGAGUUGAAAAAAUUCAUUUACUUCAUCUCAGUAAAAUGUAGAUUACACUUAGGUUGUUUUAUUUUUGUUUUGCUUAGUGUGAAUUGUAUAAAUCUUAUUCAUAUAUGCAUCUGUAAAGUUUUAGAUUUUUAUAUGAACCCAGAAGAUUUUGCUGUAUUAAAAAAAUUCAUAUAAAAUUAAAUUACCACGUAACCUCUUUAUAAAAACACUUAGGGACAGGAAUCAAAUGUUGGGCAAUAUUAUUUGAGCAUUUUAUAGUAUGGAGUUAUUUAUAACCAAAUCCAAGUAAUGACUAGCUAUAUAAUUUUUAUGUAACUGCUUAUUUGUAAAGAAUUCAUGAUCACAUAAAAAGCUGUUUGAUAUAUAUUUCAUUGAUGGAAUUAAUAAUGCUAAUAAAUGUUGACUUUAGCAUUAAAAAGAA